GCCAUCGUCAUCACAUCCAGCAUCAUCCAUCAUUACGUCCUCUUCCCUCCGUCCUCCCCAGCGUCAUCGGCUCUGUUUGUUCGGAGGGCUGUUUCUAUUCGUUACUACGCUGCUCAAUCGCUCGUUCGAUCCUUGACUUUCUCACCGGUUAUCCUUAUUUCCUAUUAUGCGACUCGCGGACUCUCCUUUCCACAGCGUGACCUAUGAGUAGUUAUGGAGCUCUCACGGCAGGAGUAUCCAGCUUUGCUGGCCUCUUUGCAGCCCAGCCAAGCCAGUACUGUGCUCAAUGAUCGCAUUCGUCUCAUCAACAAAAUCAACUCGGACAUUGCGGACUGGCUCCAGGAACGGCGUCGGGUUGAGGAACUGUACGCGCAAGGCUUGCGGAAACUGGCGCAUCGCCCCCAAUUAGAAAAUGCGGCCGCGCUCGGGAUAUUUCAGCUGCCAUGGCAGCGCAUCGUCAGCUCGACUGAAACGGUCGCUACGUCACACGAGACCUUUGCACAGAAAAUCGAUGAGGAUGUUGAGCGUCCUCUGAGAGAAUACAACACCAAGAACCGCGAACUGUCGUCAAUGCCCGGUAUCCAGAGCGACCUCGCUGGACUGGCCAAGAACAUGGAAACGUCUCAGAAGAAGGUAGACAAGGCUAAAGAAAAGGGCCCGAAAGGAGCGGACAAGCUAGCUAUCGCUGUCAGCGCCGCGCAAGAGGUCGCUCAGCAAUGGGAAUCGAGGGCCCCGUUUGUGUAUGAGCAGCUUCAGGCAGCUGAUGAGGGCCGACUCAACCAUCUUCGGGACGUUCUUACUCAGUAUGGCACACAUGAAGCGGAUCAGGUAGAGCGUUGCCGUCAGGCAGCCGAAAGUUGUUUGAAUGUGCUUCUCAAUGUCGAGACCGCAGAUGAAAUCAAGACAUUUGCUGCCAAGAUCAAUGGCGGAAGACCUGUUGCUUCACGACAGGAAAUAUCUCGACAGGAAACUUCGUCUCCUGCGCCUGCACCUGCACCUCUUGCGCCCCCACCCCGCAUCCAGGACGAUGCUGCUAGUCAACGCUCGGAGAAUUCGGGUCCUGUCAGGACGCCUCCUGCACCUGAGCCACAGCCUCGCAACACAACUCUGGGAGGCCUGAAGCGCCUAGGUACGGUCAUGAACAGAAGAAAGAGCAUUGUACAACCCGGAGGCGCCUUUGGCUCCGAAAAAAAGCACCGCAGCCCAUUUGCUUCCUUUAAGAGAGGGGAUUCAUCCCGUGAAAUGCAAAUUCCUGAAUCACCACCUUCUGGCCAGGAACGCCCGGGUACCGCUCUUACUUCACAGGACAGCCCCAGCACUGGCCGGAAUCUGAGCGAAUCACGGGACCGUGAAGGUCUUAAUGCGAUAUCAUCCAGUCCAGAGCCUCAGCCAGCUGCUACAAAUGGAGCAGCACCGUUGGAGACGCUCGUUGGGCCUGGUCUUUCAACUGCUCCUGCCAAUGAACCCCGUGCUGUCGACUCCGAAGGUUUCACAGAACGGCCACAGACUAUUGACGAGAUCACACGAGCUGAGAGAGAAGCUGCCGGCUUGGAAGAGUCCGGCAUGAAUCUAACCAUCCGUGACCAGCCAAUUUUUGAAGAUGAAGAUCAAGCUAAGCAGGCAAUGGAUGACAUGGCCAGCACUUUGCGAAUGCGGGCUCAGCAGACUGGGGUUAGACGGAAUGCGGGCACUAUUCGUGGUCGCCGUGACGUCCGGAACACUGUCUUCAUUCCGAAUGUCCCUGCGCCGGGCCAUGAAAUCCCAUCUCUUCCCUCUGGGUCUGAUGCACCUUCGCCAGCCUCACCAGGUCUGCUCGCCAAGCAUGUUACUUCUCCUAGUACUGCCACCGAUGACCACGCUCUGUCGGAUACUACCUCUAUCCGUUCGUCGCAUACUCUCAGUAGCAUAACAGGGCCGGCUCUGCACUCUGACCUACAUGAGGCUGGUCUGAAUGCGUCGAUCAUAGAGACUGUCAGUGCAUGGUUUUCGGAGGGUGCAUUGACAAAGUCAUCUGUCGUUGGAGAGCUUGCGCUGGCAUAUAACCAAACCCCUGACUCUGCGGUCGAUAAACUUCGUGUUCGUUUGGAUAAUUUCCAAGUGCUCGAGAAGGUUGCUGCAAACCCCCACUUUGUGCAUGAGGCCCCGGCUCAGGCAGACGAGAAGAGGGGUGAAUACACUAUUCUUCUUCCCAGUAUUUCUCGUCCCUCGCCCACGGUGGCCUUUAAAUAUCAAGUGCAUCUCGACCCCACGAAUAGUUCAGCCUACUGUCCCGUCAUCUUUAAGCCAGUGUGGAAUCUGGAAGAGUUCCAAGCAAGCGCUAUUGUCUUUUAUUCCUUGGACCCAUCGUUCGCAUCUACUGUCCCUGUGGAAUCGGUGAUUCUCAAGAACCUGGUUCUGACAGUGAACCUGGACACAACCCCCCGUGAAGACUCUGGCGAAGUCGCUCACGCUACGAGUGCAGUUAUGUACCCUAACGCUGGGGCCACAUUCCGUCGCAAGCAAUCUGCCGUAAUCUGGAAGAUCCCCGAACUUGAGCUUAAGACCGGAGGGGAUGGCAAGUUCUUGGUUCGGUUCUCAACAUCCAGCAGCGGGCCACGGAAGGGCAAGGUUGACGCCAAGUUUGAGGUUCAAACUGCUGGCACUGGACCCCGACUAGGAAUCAGUGCAGCUUCUGACCGCGCGGAAUCCCCUCAAAAGUCUGAUCCUUUUGCCGACGACGACUCUGGAACCCAAAACACUCUGCCAUCUGCCACAUGGAACCAAGUGCCUACUGUGCGAAAGCUCGUUGGAGGGAAGUAUGUCUCGUCUUAGGUGAGGCUUUGGCCUUAUCUGAUAGAGUCAUUUGCAAAUCUAUGAGCCCUCCAAGUACAAAGGUUUUCUAUCUACCUUGGACUAUAUUACGAAUUAGAAAAGACCACCUCCCAUUCCCUUCCUUAGCCACCAACUACUCCCACCCUGUGAUGCAAUCAUUUAAUUUCCUCAGUGUUAUAUUCCACCCCCCCCAUGCCGCCCGAUGAUGCCAAAAUUUGCUUGCAUUUAUGUACUAUCCGGGUAGGAAGGUAUCAUUAUGUUUUCUUUUUGUUCCUUUCUCUUGUGCAGUUUUGCUCUUUUCUGUGUUUAUGCCAAUGUCUUCUUGGUUUGAUAGGAUCAUUUUUUUUUUUCUUUUCCCCAUCUCGAUACUGUCCAUCCCCCUUCCCACUUUUUCUCUGUCAUAAUCUGAACUUUGGCCAUGCUGUCA